CACACGCAGCGCGCGCUGACCCGGACAUGUGUGGAAAAUCUGCCAUUGCAUGUAUUGUACCGUUUGCACUGCAGCUUGACAACGAGCAGUUCAAACGCUUGAGAGAGAAUUGCUUCCGUGUUCUGGUGUGGUGACCGUGGUAGCGUGGAUAGACGAGCCUGACUUCUUUUAGCCGGCCACUCCAGAGAUAUUACAUGCCCACGAUAUAACCUUGUUUCAUCACUGGUUUGUCGUAAUACCUAAACUGAAGAGUGAUGCCUGCCAAAACGACCAUCGUCAACAUCGUGGAGGUCGGCGUUCUGUUGGUGGCUCUCGGAUGUGGAAUGGCGGCAUCCAUAAUGAUUGGGGUAACUUCGACUCAGAUGGGCGGCUGUGUUCUGAAGGCUUCUGUCGCUCGACUGGACUCCAAGCGUUUUACAGUCACGCACUCUAGCCAAUCCCGUUGCCAGUUCUGUCUGGUGACGCAGGUGGUUGGUAUCCUGCUGGCGCUGGUGUUCAUCGCGUAUCGGAUCCAGGUCAUCUGUCGGGGAAAACUGGAAAUACAAGCGUGCGGCCGGUUUGUUGUCACCAUUGUCUUUGGUGUCAUGGCCUUCUUCGUCCUUGUGGAGGCGUGUCUGGUGACGGUCGGGCUGAAGACAUUUUGCAAUAAUCUGCUGGACUUGGAAGGCGCUGCUCGGCCCAAUACGUGUGCCGGGUUUCAGCGAGGUGUUGAUUGGAAAGCUAUCGACGGUUCAGCGUUUUAUUAUAAUCUCACUACAGCUGAGGCCGCAUCUUGGAUUUCCCUGUUGUGUUGGCUCUGUCUGACGGGAAUCUCCUUGGUAACCAGUUUCUGCCUCAACAGGCGCAUCAGGGCUCUUGCACGGGCUCAGCACACUGCACAAGCCAAGCCAGUCGUAACUUAGAAAAUUGUACAGUUCUAGGUUACAAGCGUGGUCUCACCACAGUAAUGGCGGAAAUAAAGUAAAAAGUCAAGUGAAUAACAAAAUAAUGGUGAAUUGUGCAUUACUCAACUGUGCAUUCCGUCGCGGAUCGCACCGUUGUGGGAUAUUAAACGUGUUCUCUGCAGUCUUGUGAAAUAUGGAAAUAGUACUUAAAAUCAGAAUAGGAUUCUUCAUACAACAUUACCCUCAAAUUGUACGGGCUUGUGUGAUUGCCGAGAAAAGGAAAGUGGAGAACCAAAAUUUCACCCCCAGGGACCGAGCGGUUGGAGCGCCAGCCCCACCGCCAAGAAAUGAGA